UUGUUCUUCGACGGUGGCGGAGAAAUCGGUCUCGGCCGCCGGCGACAACAACUCGCCGGCAUACCUGUUGCGCUCCAACUCCCUGCGUUCUCCUCGCCAUCACUCCCGCCGUAUCAAUUUGGUAUCAGAGACAGCCGCUGGGGCAUCGCCAUCCAUGACCGGCCCUAAGGACGAUCCUGAGACCAACUCCACCAAGCUCGACCGCAUCCUCGCGCAGUUCUCCAUCAUCAACUCCUGCCUCGACUCCCAUGACCGUCGCAUCGCCCGCACCGAGAAGUAUCAAGCUGGUGAUGCCACUUACGAAGGUGCCAUGGAGGUUCCACCCGACGAAGCUCGCCGCAAUCCGGGUGGCGGCGGUGGCAACGGUGAUGGCACCGACGGCCACGACGGCAGCUUCGGUGGCCCUUAUGGCGGGCGGGCCCCUCGCCAUCACGACGGCCCCGAGCGACCGCGCCCACCCAAGCUGUCGUUCCCCAAGUUCGACGGGGAAUCAGACCCCUUGCCUUGGCUCAAUCAGUGCAACAUCUUCUUCCGCGGACAUCAAACCAUGGAGGAAGAGAAGGUGUGGAUGGAUUCCUUGCACCUUCAAGGCACGGCGGCCCAGUGGUACUUCCAGAUGGAACGAGAAUUCGGCAUCCUCUCUUGGGCGCGAUUCGCUGAGUUCGUCAACAUGCGCUUCGGACCGCCCAUCCGUUCCAACGCCUUGGGCGAACUCAAGGAUCUUCAUCGCACGGGCUCGGUGGAGGAGUACGAGCGGCGAUUUCUGGCGCUCCUCUGCCGCUACGACAACCUGAUGGCUCAGCACCAAAUCGAUCUUUUCACGUCUGGGUUGGGACAGCCAUUGGCCUCUGAUGUCGAGCUGCAGCGGCCGUCCAACCUCCAGAUGGCCAUGAGCCUUGCGCGCGCCUUUGAGCUGCGUUCAAAGGAGGUGGCGCGCGCUAUCUCUGGGACUCUACGGAAAGGCCCUCAUCCCCACUCCGUCGCUGCACCAUCCACUCCUUCAUCGGACCCAGCAAUGCCAAAUGAGCUGCCACGGCCACAUUUUUGCCGCCUAUCCGCCGAAGAGCUGGCGGAGAAGCGAGCCAGCGGCCAGUGCUACUUCUGCCCAGAGAAGUUCUCCAAGGACCACAAGUGCGCCGGCCACGGUGGCGUAUUCCGCCUGGCCAUGGGUGAUAAGGCAGGAGACGUGGAGAUCAACUCCGAUGACAUCCACAUCUCCCUCCACGCUCUCCACGACAUUGCCACGGAUGCCAUGAUCCGCCUCCACAUCUCUAUCCAUGGCGUUCAGCUCACUGCAUUGGUGGAUUAUGGCUUCACACACACCUUCAUCCAUGAGGACGUUGCCCGAUGCCUCAGUCUCGCCAUCACAUGCCGGCAUGGACUGCGGGUUAAGGUGGCUAAUGGCAAGCACUUGACCAAUCUAGGCAUCUGCGCGUCCACUCUGGUCUGCAUCCAGGGCGAGGCAUUCUCCGUUGACGGCUACGUAUUGGCAUUGAAUGGCUUCGACGUCGUCCUUGGUGUGACGUGGCUGAAGACCUUGGGGCCGAUCACUUGGUCUUUCAACGCCCUCACUAUGGCCUUCCAAUACCAAGGGUGUGACUUGUUGUGGCAUGGCAUCGGUGGUGGAAAUGUUGAUUUGGUAGCCCUGACAGCCACUCGGGAUCUCAUGGACGCCCUUCUGCUCAAAUAUGGCAGCAUUUUUGCAGAGCCCCGUGGCCUUCCUCCGCAGCUCCUACAGGAUCACCGGAUUCAUCUACUACCAGGUUCUACUCCUGUUGCUGUGUGCCCCUAUCAUUAUCCUCAGCUACUAAAAGAUGAUAUUGAACGGCAAUGCGAAGAUAUGUUGGGCCAGGGGAUCAUUCGUGCUUCGACCUCGCCUUUUUCCUCUCUGGUUCUUCUCGUCUGCAAGCACGACGGCAGUUGGCAUUUCUGCAUGGACUACCGCGAGCUCAAUGCCUUGACCGUAAAGGACAAAUUCCCAAUUUCGGUCGUUGAUGAACUCCUGGACAAACUCCGCGGCGCCAAGUUCUUCACGAAGAUUAAUCUCCGCAACGGGUACCAUCAGGUGCGGAUGCACCUAGAUGAUAUUGUCAAGACAGUGUUCCGCACUCAUCAUGGCCACUUUGAAUUCUUGGUCAUGCCCUUUGGCUUGACAAAUGCGUCGGCGACAUUCCAAGCACUCAUGAACACCGUCCUCAAGCUCUUCCUCUGCCGGUUUGUCUUGGUUUUCUUUGAUGACAUCCUUAUUUAUAGUUCUUCCUGGACUGAGCACUUGCAGCAUGUGGAGAUGGUGCUUCAACAGUUGCAGGAGCACAACCUGUUCGCCAAGCAAUCCAAGUGCUUCUUUGGCGAAACUUUGGUGGCAUACUUGGGCCAUAUUAUUUCAGCAGCUGGUGUCUCCAUGGAUUCUGCGAAAGUCGCUGCGGUUGAGGCCUGGCCGCGCCCUUGUUCACUGCGUGCGCUGCGUGGAUUCUUGGGCCUCACCGAUUAUUACCGUAAGUUCAUCGCUGGCUAUGGCGCAGUGGUCGGGCCAUUGACGAUGCUACUAAAGGGUAAGGCGUUCCGCUGGUCAGGUGCUACAGAGGACGCGUUCAUUGCUCUGAAACAGGCCCUCACGCCUGCACCGGUGCUACACCUUCCUGAUUUUAGUAAACUGUUUGUGGUGGAUUGCGAUGCUUCCGGUGCGGGUUUCGGUGCUAUUCUCCAUCAAGGCGAGGGUCCUGUUGCUUUCUUCAGCCAGGCUGUGGCUCCCAUCACGCCAAGUUACCAGCUUAUGAGUGUGAGUUGAUUGGAUUGGUGAAAGCCGUGCGUUACUGGAGGCCAUAACUUUGGGUCGGCAGUUUAAGGUCCAGACAGAUCACCAGAGCUUGAAAUUCCUCCUUGAUCAGCGCUUAUCUAUGAUACCGCAGCAUACUUGGGUCAACAAACUUUUUGCGUACGAUUUGUUGGUGGAAUAUAGACCAGGCAAAUUGAAUGUUGUUGCAGAUGCAUUGUCUCGCAGGGAUGAAGAAGUUGGGUCCCUUCUUGCCCUCUCUAUGCCGUCAUUUGAGGUUUUUAAGGCCCUGCGUGAAGAGCUGGUUAGGGAUAGUCGAGCAAUUGACUUGCAGGAUCAACUUGUCGCUGGAAUUGCCCCAAGUGGCUGGUCGGAUGUGGAUGGACUGCUUCUC